AUUACAUCCUUUCACACAUGUUGAUAUCAAUCAACAUAACCAAUAAAUACAUAUUUGUACUGUCCGUCUGUCUGCGUUCACUUUGUCAUUUUUCCUUAUUCUAUCUCACGUACCCUUCAUGUUUCACAGACAAAAUUGUAUCUGCUGGUCAUCCCAGUUAUGCAAGAGUUCUUGGUGUUACCACAAAACUACUGCAAGCCAACAAGUGGGAUGAGGCGUUAGACGUCAACUGGAGGAUUGUCAUUAUUGAUGAUCCUACUGUGACGGCGUAUGUUAUGCCUGUGAGUGUUGAGUGUGUGUAACGUGUGGGUAAAUGUGUUUACAUGUGAUGUGUGUGAAGAGUGGUCAAAUUGUGGUGUAUACUGGACUGUUGGAGAUGAUGAAGACGGAUGACAUGUUGGCUGUUAUUCUGGGACACGAAAUGGCACAUGCAAUUAUGGGGCACAUGGGAGAGAAUGCAAGUCAGGAGCAAUAAAUUAAUUUUUUCUCAUUGAUUAUCGUCACUCUCGUGUGGUUCUUGCUGCCUGAUGUCACAGCUUUCUUUACUCAGUGGCUUGAGAAAAAGCUUACAGAUGUGUUCAUGAAGCUGCCAUAUUCAAGAAAACUAGAGGGUGAAGCAGACGUUGUGGGCCUCAUGUUUGCAGCACGUGCGUGUUACGACAUUCGUGAGAGUUCAGUUUUGUGGGAGACUCUUGCAGUAGCCGAUGGAGACAACCAACCAGUUGAGUGGCUAUCGACCCACCCGGCACACGAGACACGAGCCGGAUACCUCGACAUGAUCAUUCCCGACUUCAUCGAAUACAGAAAGAAAUGCAACUGCGACGAUUUAAAAGAUCGAGAUUUGAAGGCAUUCAAAGAGGUCGUGUGUCGUGAAGUGCUCAAGAAGAGACGACAGCAGAGAAACCAACGAGGCAUAAAUCUUUGAAUGUGUAGCAGCUUUACAUGCACAUUGUCGUACGACGUAAAUCAGACUGUUUAUAGACUAAAACUAUAGUCAAAAUUUUUUUAUAAAAUUUUGUUGCCUAGGCAGGCAUGCAAGGUUUUUCGAGAAGUUGGCUUUGUAUGAGUGAGUGGAAACAUGCAAUAGAGGAAAUGGACAGAAGUACAUGCGCAGUUUGUCCUUCGAUUUUGUGCAAUACAAAAAUAUUAUUAUUAGAC